GUGGAGUUCUCUAUUCAAUCUUUGUUCAAAACCAGCACCAUGGCAUCCUUUUGCGCCCUAUUUUCUUGUGCGAUAUUCACUGUUUUGGUUCUCAUGACAACGGAGAUAAAUUGUACAUCUACAACAACAACAACGCCAACGCCGAGUGUUGAUAUGAUAUUCAUCGCUGACACGGGCCAUAAGGAGAUCUUGGCUGCCACGAUGGGUCGAUAUCGCUUCAGUUCAUUGGUACGUGAGGACAUCGAGGUUUGGGAUGUGCUCUUCAGCGAAGCGAACCAGAAGCUUUACUAUGCCAAGAAACACGACGGUCACAUCUACGAAUCUAACGCCGACGGGUCUGGUGUCAGACAGGUGUCGAGUAAAUCUCACACAGAACCAACGUCGCUUUCAAUCGAUGAAAUCAAUCAGGAGAUUUACGUGGCUUACAAAGGCGGUGAGCUGAUCAGUAGCUUCAACCUUAAUGGCGCAACAGUAAGAGAGACACGUGUUCACAAACAACUGAGCAAACCAGGGGCCAUUUAUGUUGAUGCUGAGAACGGAUAUCUGUACUUUACUCAGUUCGCUGGGGUGUGGCGAUCAUCGCUCUCUGGUAAAGAUUUGAUCCCUCUCCAUCAUGACAGCGAUCUCGGUGAAAUCGAAGCAAUAGCCGUCGAUGUGCAAGGUGAGCGUAUCGUGGUCAGCGAUCCCGGCAAUGGUAAGGUCGUCAGUAUGCACAUCAACGGCACGCGAGCAGUCAGUCCCGGCAACCCACCAGCGAUCGAAUUGGUCGAUCUUUCAUCCCCCUACAAGAUCACCGACGUCCAAUUCUUCAAUGGCGACCUGUACGUCAGCAACGAACGCGAACAACGUGCGAUCAUGAAGCUUGCAAACGGAAAUGGACUCCCGAAGAAGAUCUACUCCGAUACGCGGGAUGUCCUUAGUUAUCCAAGAAAGUUUCACAUAGCGAAAGUUAAUGCAUAG